AUGGACAACCCUCGCGCUUCGGGUCUUCUAGACCCAACAUCUGCUCUGGCAGCUGCCAUCGGCAAGCACAAAGCCGAAGCCAUCAAGCUGGCCCGGGAACAAGGCGCCGCGGUCCGCGAGAUGUGCCGCAGAGCCAAGACGGAGUCACCACCUUAUGAGUUCGAAGAGCUGAUCGGAAAGGGCUCUUACGGUCGCGUCUACAAGGGCCAUCAGCUCCCUUCUGGUCGAGUUGUUGCCAUUAAGGUGAUGGAUAUCGACUCGAUGGACUACAGGUCUGUUAGAGACUUUAAGGAUGAGUCGAUCAAGGAUUUCAUACAUGAGACGAAAGUCAUGAAGCAGGUCAAGGACGCUGGGGCGAAGAAUAUAAACGAGUUGAUCGAGGCGAUCUCAAUCCAUAGCCAGUUGUGGCUGGUCUGCGAGUACUGUCCUGGUGGCAGUGUACGCACACUGAUGCGAGCCACUGGAGAUAAGCUCGAUGAGAGGUUCAUCAUACCCAUCGCGCGCGAGCUUGCCGCUGGCUUGCGUGCCAUUCACGAUGCAGGUAUUAUCCAUCGGGAUAUCAAAGCUGCCAAUAUCCUGAUUCACGAAGAAGGCCGUCUUCAGAUUUGUGAUUUUGGGGUGGCAGGGGUGCUUCAGUCGCAUAUGGACAAGCGAUCAACCUGGAUUGGGACGCCGCACUGGAUGCCGCCAGAAAUGUUUAUGGCCCGUGGCGAGGCCCACCAGUAUGGUAGUGAGAUCGAUGUAUGGGCUUACGGAUGUACCCUCUUCGAAUUUGCAACAGGGAACCCGCCAAAUUCCAAUCUGCGGGAGCGGAUGCAGAUUGGAAGACAGUUGAAUCGCACAACACCGCGACUUGCAAAUGAAGAAUACAGCGAGGAUUUGAAAGACCUAGUGUCGUUCGCGCUCGAAUCUGAACCCAUUUCCCGUCCAACGAUGACAGAUAUUUUGUCUCACCCCUACAUCGCUGGAACAGAAGAGGAAUAUCCCAUCUCAUCGUUGAGUGAGCUGGUGCGUAUUUACUAUCAAUGGUCUCAGCGGGGAGGACAGCGAAUCUCGUUAUUCCACCCCGGAGGUGCUGCGGCCGCGGAAUUCCCAGAGCACGAGCAAGACUUCGAAGAAGAUUGGAAUUUUAGCACUACCGAUGGGUUCGAACGAAGAUUCUCCGUCAUCGAUCUGGAUCAGAUCGCGGCUUCACUAGCCCAAUUAGAGGAGCAGAUGAGUCCUACCACAGUAGAUCAUUCAGACCGUGAUCCUUUUGAGGACCCAACCGAUCCCGAAAUGACAGUGGAAGAUAAAGCAAACUUUGAUGAGCGCGUACGUCGCGGUGCUGCCGCCAUGGAAGGGCUAUUCAACGAAGACAUGCCGAGUUACAAGUACGAAACGAAAAAUGAUUUCGUUCCCAUUGAGCCCAAGCCACCUGUCUCCGAUCUACCACUGCGCACGGAAACAGACCGGUCCUCCGUGACAUCGACGUUCAUAGACAUUGAUAUCGGCUCGUUCGACUCAUCACAUUAUGCGGCAGGGGCUGUAUCAGCCCAGCCAUUUCAACUUGCAGACGCAGACACCAUUAAAGCUAACAGAUCAAGCGGCCGACAGGGCCGCAGCUCCAUCGGAAGCCGCUCACGAUCAUCAAGCAGCGAUGUAGGCACUAACCAAGAGUCACAGCAACUAACAUAUCAGCCCCAAAGUGGCCCCCGGCCUCCAACGAUGGACUGGAAGUUCCCCGUGUUCAUGCAAGCGCCCGAAGAGGAAUCUGAGAUAGUCGAGAGUAUCGAGACUACUGUCACCGAGACUCACCAGGCCAUCGAAAGUACGGAGACGGUUGAAACGACCCCAACAGCGACGUCCUCUGCUCCCAAAGAUAAGCGGGCUACAAUGGACUGGACUUUCCCCGAUAUGAGUGCAGCUAUGGAUGAACAGGGGGGUCCUUCUGAUAGCGAAGAGCCGAGCCGCCAUGACACUCUCCGUGCGCCGCUUGUUGGUCUUCAGCCAUCGGCCACCAUCCGACCGUUGAGCAUUGGAGAGCCAGGGGAUUCACGGCCAUCCACUUCAGCAUCCGCUCAUUCCAUUCUCUCGAAUCACUCAGACACAGACUACGAUCCUUUCCGCUUUGACCGCCCUCCUACACCACCCGGUAAGCUUGCCGCAGCCGCUUUUUUUUUUUUUUUUUUUUUUACAAUACUGACCUUUCUCCGACUGCUAGAAUCGGCCGGGUACGGGGACUUUGAGCGUCCGUCGCCGCUGGACGGGCCGGGGCCCGACGAGGAGGAUACGAGAUCGACCGUCUGGGAUCACAAUACAGAGAUCAUCACGCCCUCACAUUCUGAACCGUUCCCGACCGCGAUCCCGACCAGAGAAAUGGAACACAGCCAACCGUUUCCGACGUUGAACGAUUAUCCAAUUAUCGAACCCCUACCCACCGCCCGACGGGACCCGCGCCCAGCUGUUAGGGACGACCUGGAGCCCAUUAAUUUUCCAGAUCUCGUGCCGCCGCGGCUGGAGGCCUUGACGGCCGGGGCGGACGAUAGCGCCGUGACGGCCGAGUUGGAUAGGCUUUUGGGAGACUUUCUGGAUGCAUUGACGGCUACGGGGGAUGCGCUCUCUCGAGCUUCGGUGGAUCCAGAAACAACCAGGAGACCAUCUGUUCCUGACCAGGCCGAGUGA